CAACUUGACUUGGCGUUAUAAUGAAGUAACCUAGCAUAAGCCAUGAAAACUCUGAUUUUUUCCUCCCAACCAUCUCUCUAUCUUCCAAACUCUUUGCCAUGGAAGCCCAAAACCCUAACCUUCCACCCCACAACCUUGCAGAACCUAGGCCACCUUAAAAGAAGUACGUACAAAACACAUGCAAAUGCAAAAGGCUUUGGCAGUGCGCCACCAGCCACGACAAAGGAAACGCCUACAAGCAAAAACUCAGGCAAAAAUGAUAACAACGACAGCGAUGAGGAAGUUCCACAGGUCGUUUUCGAGAGGAUGCUAGUGAGAAUUAUCGCCGCUGUGGGUCUCCCUUUAGCCACUGGCUUUGCGUUUUUGAAAGUUUUUGAUGCGGUUAAGGAUAAGCACUUGUGGGAUGUGCCACUUUGGCUACCAUUCUUGACGACCUUGUUGACUUUUGGGGCUUCGGCUCUUGGGAUUGCGUAUGGGGCAUUGUCUACAAGUUGGGAUGCAGAGAAAAAGGGUUCAGUUCUUGGAUUGGAAGAAGCCCAAAGCAAUUGGGUUGAGAUGUGGAGGGAGGAAGAUAAGAGUAAUAAUAGUAAUAAAUGAUGGGUUAAUUUUGGCCUAUGUAAAUUGAUAGUUUCACGGUAACUUAAAGCACCAUUAGUUAGUUUUUGUUCUCCCCUUAAUCCGGUUGUGUAAAAUUUUAAGUGAAUAAAUGAUAUGAUUA